CCCUUGUAAGUCAUAGUCACAGGUGGCGUGGCAGGCAAAGCUGCAGUAUAAAAGUAAACUACUACGCCCUCCAAUUUCCUAUAUCCAACUUUAUUUUCCCAACACACGACCACUUUGAUUCCCACCAGACCUCAUCACUACACAGGCUCAUCAUGACUCGCACAGAGCGCGCUGGCUUCCCUCGUGCCUUGUUACGGGAUCGCUCUAAUUCUAAGUCUGGCCUCGACAAGUCCGUUCGCAAAAAUGGCAGUGGCCAACACAAUUGGGGCAGUAUCAAUGAUGAACGCUACCUUGAGGCCGCCGCACUCGCAGACAAGGAGCAGGAGGAGUUUGAGGAAGACACCACAGAUCAGCAAUGCAACAAUUCCGUUCACAAGAAGCCCAAACCCGAGAAGCUGGCCAACUCCUUCACAGAGGAAGAAAGGGAGAGUGCUAGGCAGAUCAGAAAGAACGCACUCAAGGCACAAGACAUCGAUUUGUCUAUGAUUGCGCGCACCUCUUCUGCUGCGUCUACAUCUCCGUCCACCAGGUCACCUCCGGUUUCUAUCACUGGCAGUGCGGAGCCUGAUACUGUCAGCAUAAGGUCAGCAUGAAGCGGAAAUUAUCUGCCCGACAUUUUGCCUCGUUCUUGACGUUUUACGUCGAAAUUAGCUCAAAACAAUAUACAUAACACGCUUACUCCUGUAAUUGUACUCAAUUGUACUGUCACCGUUAAAUUGUAUUAUGUCAAAUACACUCCCCUCGGAUCUUUUGCAUACUGCGCACCGCUCCGCGUUACGUAUUUCAAGCACCCGAGAUCUC